GAAGAAGAAGGAAGGUUAACAUUGGAAAGAUAAAAAGAAAGAAGAAGCAGAGAUGUCGACGGAGAAGGUUGUAGAGACGGUCAUUGCUGGCAACUAUGUGGAGAUGGAAACAGAAGGGAAACCUAAGAACAUAAAAACAAGAUUAUCAAAUUUCUUCUGGCAUGGUGGUUCUGUUUAUGAUGCCUGGUUCAGCUGUGCUUCCAAUCAGGUAGCUCAGGUUCUACUGACCUUGCCAUACUCAUUCUCUCAGUUGGGGAUGUUAUCUGGUAUACUCUUUCAGUUGUUCUAUGGAUUGAUGGGUAGUUGGACUGCCUACCUCAUUAGUGUUCUCUACGUAGAAUACAGAACCAGAAAAGAAAGAGAAAAAGCAGAUUUCAGAAAUCAUGUUAUCCAGUGGUUCGAAGUUCUUGAUGGGUUGCUUGGGAAACAUUGGAGGAACGUGGGUUUGGCAUUCAACUGCACAUUUCUUUUGUUUGGAUCUGUUAUUCAACUAAUAGCUUGUGCGAGUAAUAUUUAUUACAUAAAUGAUAAUCUGGACAAGAGGACUUGGACAUAUAUCUUCGGAGCUUGCUGUGCCACUACAGUCUUCAUUCCUUCUUUCCAUAACUACAGAAUCUGGUCCUUUCUGGGCUUGUUAAUGACUACUUAUACAGCUUGGUAUCUCACAGUUGCUUCCCUCCUUCACGGACAGGUGGAAGGAGUUAUGCAUUCCGGUCCAACCAAGUUGGUUCUCUACUUCACCGGUGCUACAAAUGUUCUCUACACCUUCGGAGGGCAUGCUGUUACUGUGGAGAUAAUGCAUGCGAUGUGGAAGCCGCAGAAAUUUAAGGCCAUAUACCUUCUGGCAACGUUGUAUGUGCUGACACUGACGCUGCCGUCGGCGGUGGCUGUGUAUUGGGCAUUCGGAGACAUGCUUCUAAAUCACUCCAACGCCUUUGCUCUUCUCCCCAGAUCUCCUUUCAGAGACAUGGCAGUUGCAUUAAUGCUUAUCCAUCAGUUUAUAACGUUCGGAUUCGCAUGCACGCCGCUGUACUUCGUGUGGGAGAAAGCGAUAGGGAUGCACGAGUGCAAGAGUCUGUGCAAGAGAGCGGCGGCGAGGUUGCCAGUGGUGAUACCCAUCUGGUUCUUAGCCAUCGUCUUUCCAUUCUUUGGGCCCAUCAACUCAACCGUUGGAUCACUUCUCGUUAGCUUCACCGUCUAUAUCAUUCCUGCCCUUGCUCACAUCUUCACCUUCAGAUCCGCCGCUGCUCGUGAGAACGCAGUGGAGCAACCACCAAAGUUUUUAGGGAGAUGGGUUGGAAUAUAUUCGGUAAACGUAUUCGUAGUGGUAUGGGUAUUCAUAGUCGGGUUCGGGUUCGGAGGAUGGGCGAGUAUGAUCAACUUUGUCCAUCAGAUCGACACUUUCGGACUCUUCACAAAGUGUUACCAGUGCCCACCUCCUUCUCUUCCCCCUCCUCCUCAUCUUAACUUCACCACCCCAAUUUCUGCUGCUGCUCCUCCUGCUUUUGCUCCCACUGCCUUCCAUCACCACCACCUCCACAGCCCAUAA